AUUUUUUUGGGUAAUAAUUUCCAUAAAAAUAAAAUGUCCGGAACAAUUGACGAGGGCGCUGUUGGAGGCGAUGUGAACAAUAAUGACACAGAUCUGGCCACUGCCAACGAGCAGGAGGAAGUGCAGCCACAACCACAGCCACAGCUGGAGCACCAGCAGCCACAAAAUGAGCUGCUCGAUAUGGUUUUCACAUUGGAGAGCGAGAAACAGGCGUUGCUAGAGGAGUCUCGAAAGAGAAUCGGAGCACUUCGAAAAGAUUUUGAGGAAUCGAAAUUCGAAAAUGAGCGGUUAAAGAAGCGUGUGGCUCAGCUGGAGCAGGCCCUCAAGCAGUCCGUCAUGCUGGGCGGGACAGAGGCGCCCAAGUCUCGCCAAGAACAGGAGGAGCUGCUGCUCAAGGCAAAGACACUGCUGUUCGAGAAGACCAAAGUAAACAAGCAACAGGAACAGCAGAUCUCCGUGCUGAAGAAGCAGGUGGAGUCCGUGAAGGACGUGGUCCAAGUGACCAAGGACAUGCUGCAGCUGAAGACCGCAGAGUGCGAGCACACACAGGAGCGACUGGAGAAGAGCCAGCUGUGGAUCAAGGCCGAGCAGGAUAAGUGUGCACUGACCGAGAAGAAACUGGUCAUAUCCAAGGGCGUGUAUGACAAGUUGCGGGCAGAGUAUGACACACAAUCGAAGAUAUUCAAGGAUCUGAGGUCCGCCUACGAGCAGAAGAUAAAGGUUCUGAGCGUUGCAUUGGAGGAGGCCAAAAAAUAGUGGAACAAUUUAAUAA